AUGUCGGACAUGCUGACUCGGCUCGGUCAGCCUCAGGGAGCCCGGGCUGGUGUCAGGUUCCCGGCUGGAGGUUCGGAUCCUCCUCGGAGGGUUUACCGGGCGGAAUAUUUAAUUUUUAUUCCCAUUGUUGGAACAUCUGACUGUGAGGAACGUCUAUUGUGUGGAGAGUCUGUCCCAGUCCUUCACCCCCGGUUCUUUUCCCUGGUCCUCCUCUCCGGUCCUCCUCCCCGGUCCUCCCGGUCCAGCAACACCAUGCCGGAGUGUGUGUCUGUGUGUGAGUUCGUGCAGGAGGUCCAGGAGGACUGGAGCUCUCCCACCACCUCCUCCUUCACCUCCAAGAUGAUCAGUUUGCAGGAACACCCGUUCUACCUGCUGGAGGAGGUUCUGGACAGCGACCGGUUGGUGUUGCAGAAGAUGAAGAAAGCUGCGAAAGCCAAAUACACAUCAGGACAAGAUCACGUCUCUCAUCUGGAGCAGUACAUUAACUCCAUGGAGAAGCUGUCGGUCAACUGCCACACAAACGGAGAGACGGAGGUCGGAUCCGCCUUCUGCCGCCUGGCUGACUUUUCCAAAGAGCUGCUGUCGCCCAUGAAGAACCUGUUAAAGAGCAUGCUGCACAACAUCAACUUCUUCCUGGACUCUGUGGUUAAAGGAGACCUGCGGGAAGUGAAGGGGGAUCUGAAGAAGCCCUUCGAAAGAGCCUGGAGAGACUAUGAGAGCAGAUUUAAGCAGGUGGAGAAGGAGAAGAGGGAGCUGGCUCGGCAGUACGGGAUGGUGAGGAGCGAGGUCAGCGGAGGAGAAAUCGCAGAAGAGCUCGAGAAGGAGAGGCGCUCUUUCCAGCUGAGCAUGUGCGAGUAUCUGAUUAAGGUGAACGAGAUAAAGACGAAGCGAGGAGUCGACCUGCUGCAGAACCUCAUCAAACACUACCACAGCCACAACAAUUUCCUGCAGGAGUGUGUUUCCACCACUCAGAGGCUGAAGCAGUACAUGGAGGAGCUGAACGGAGUCCUGACCACGGUGAAGCAGCGUCAGGAGGAAGAGAAGAAGCAGCUUUGUGCUCUCAGAGAUCAGCUGAGGCCCGUCGUCCAACCAGAGCAGGACUCGUUGCCGAAGCAGGUGUACAGCAUGCAUCAGCUGCUGGGAGACAAACAGUACGGAACAGAGAGGUCAGGAUUCCUCUACAAGAAGAGCGACGGGUUAAGGAAAAUGUGGCAGAAAAGGAAAUGUUCGGUUCACAACUGUUACCUGACCAUCGCACACGCUACACCUAACAAACCUCCCACCAGACUGAAUCUUCUCACCUGUCAGGUUAAACCCAGUGUGGAGGACAAGAAGUGCUUCGACCUCAUCUCUCAUAAUCGGACGUAUCACUUCCUGGCUGAGGAUGAACCUGAAUGUGUGGCCUGGAUCUCGGUGCUCAGUAACAGCAAACAGGAAGCUCUCAGUGUCGCUCUGGACGGUGGCCGGAGAGGAGGUGGAGGCGGCGAGAGCAGCGUGGAAGAUCUGACCCGAGCCAUCACCGACGACAUCCGACGGAUGCCAGGAAACAGCAGCUGCUGUGACUGUGGAGCUCCAGAUCCUGGAUGGCUCUCCACCAACUUGGGCAUCCUCACCUGUAUCGAGUGUUCAGGGAUUCACAGGGAGAUGGGCGUCCACGUGUCCAGGAUCCAGUCUCUGAGCCUGGACAGUCUGGGAACGUCAGACCUGCUGUUGGCCAGGAAUGUUGGUAACUCUGGUUUUAAUGAAAUACUGGAGGCGAACCUGCUGAGUCCAUCUCUGAAACCCUCCCAGCACAGCCACAUGGCGGAGCGUAAAGACUUCAUCCUGUCUAAGUACCAGGAUGUUCACUUUGUGAGGAGAAGCCACAGUUCAGCUGCAGCGCUGCGACUCGGCCUGCAGGAGGCGACAAAGAGCUGCGACAUUUAUAGUCUGAUACAACUGUACGCUCAGAGGGCGGAGCUUAGCCUGCCGCUGCACAUACACAUACAGGAGAAAGGUGAGACGGCGCUCCAUCUAGCCGUCCUAUUGGCUGACAGGACGUCGCUGCACAUCCUGGACUUCCUGGCUCAGAACUGCUCUAACGUGGACACUCAGACGUCAGCAGGAAACACUGCGCUGCACUACAGUUGUUUACACAACAAGAGCGACUGUGUGAAACUGCUGCUGAGAGCCAGAGCCAACACACACAUCAAGAACGAUUUGGGGGAAACUGCUCUGGAUGUGAGUCGCAGGUUGAAACACAACCACUGUGAGGCGCUGCUCCAGCAGGCCCAGUCCAACCAGCUGGACCACCAUGUCCAUGUGGAGUACGAGUGGAGGCUUCGCCAUGACGACCUGUACGACAGCGACGACGACUUCGAAGACAAGAACGGUCCGGUGAAGAAGGAGCGCUCCUCCUCAUCCUCCUCUUCCUCCUUCACUCCCUCCUUCUCCUUCUCCUCUCGGCCCUUCAGCUUCAAUCAGACCUCCUCCUCCUCCUCCUCCUCGGUGGCUCCGUCCUCCUCAGCAGCUCCAGGUCCAGCAGCUGGAGGCCUCCUCAGCGUGGGUCGGCGGUUAGCCAUGGCCAUGGAGCUGCACAGCCGCCCGUCAGGCUCCGCCCCCAGCCCACCGCCACCGCCGCCAUCCUCCCCCGCCCCCCCGCUGCCCCCCAGAGUUAAAGCUCCCAGCGUUCCUCCUCCUCCUCCCCCGGCUGGAGGGGAGGGUCUGGGGGAGGAGGAGGAGGAGGGUGAGGUCUUCUUCAACCUGACGGCCAACAGGAAGACGACUCCUCCGCCUCCCAUCGCCGCCCGGAACAAGAGGAGCUGCUCCGAGUCCAGCAGGCUGGAUUAUGGGAUGCCGACCAGCCCCAGGAUCUACAGCGGCCCCGAGUCCUCCUUCAAGAAGUGUGUUCCAUCGUCUCCUCUCAGUUCUCUGACUGAACGAGCAGAUAGAGGCUUCCGGCGGGCGGAGAGUGACUGUAGCUCCUCCCACUUCCUGCACCCCGCCAGCAAAGCCCCGCCCAACGGCUCCCCGACCAAUCCGCGCUCUCAGAGCUUUGAGAUUGACAGCAGAGGCCCCGCCCCCCAGCCGCUUCCUCGCAGAUCACUGCCUCGGGGAUCAGCCAGUCGGAGAGCUCAGGCUCUGUACGACUGUCAGGCCGACCACCACGACGAGCUGAGCUUCUCUGAAGGUCAGGUUCUGGUGGUUCUGGGGCAGGAGGACAGCGAUUGGUGGCAUGGCUACAUCGAGGAUGAACCCGACCAGAGAGGUUUGUUUCCGUCCUCCUUCGUCCAGCUGCUGUCGGACUGACGGAUCUGAUCUUGGACCAGAACCUGAACCUGCAGCUGCCGAGGAUCCGGUCCUGAUCCACCCUUCAGACUCCUGCUGGGUCACAUGACCACGGUCUGGGCCACGCCUUCUCUUGCCAUGGAAACGUUAUUGCUGACCUUUCCGGUUCCUUUUUAUGUAUUUAUUCAGUCAAAAAGGAUAUUUUAAUAAGCGCACAGACAACACAGCGAUCCACUUGUAACUUUAAUUUAUUGAUUUUAAUUUAUUUACGGAGUCGCUGCUGCUGCUCUUCGGACUUUGCCUCUUCAUCGGUGCAGGACCUAAAACCCACCAGAGCACAAAGGAUUCUGGGAUGCUGAAGACCAAAGCUGUAACUUUCAGGUGAACUGAAGACGUUCCCGAUCCGUGAGCUUCAGGAGACGCCUGAAUCAGGAACCAUCCGACGCUUCCAGCUGCCUUCAAAUCCCCGAGAAAUCCCAACACCUCAGCGAGUAAAGCGGCAGGUCAGGAACAACAAUCCUCUGUCUUUUUAAACGUUUCUCUCAUGAUAAGAUGAUUUUCUCACAACUACAAAACCAAAAGAUUCAACAAGAAACUUCUGUUUAACAUAUCAGACGGACGGAGAAAAAGCGCUAGAAAAGUGCACUCAAGUACAUUUUAAUCAGAUAAAAAUGGAAAGGAAAUGAGUUAAAAUAGAUGGAGUGGUGAUUAUUUUCUAACUUUGAGCAAAAAUGUGACAUCUCAAGUUCAAAAAUAGCUCAGAAAUUCUUAAUUUUACUCCUCUGCUGUGCAACUUUUGUACUUUUACUCUCAAAAACUGCAGGAAUUGAUUAUAUAACUUUAGUUUUUACUGUGUAUUGACUUCAAAAGCAGCAAAAAUACUUGAGUAAACCUGCAGAAAGUACACAGAGUAACUACUGUGACCUCCAGUACUGGUUGUAGCGACAUCUCUUUACAAUGAAACACCUUUUGCCAGUAAAUCUUGUUAAAGUGACAAAUAGUUCUUAUGAAGUCACAUCAGCUCAUAAAGAAGUUUUUUUCCUACAAAGUGAAGUUUCUUGUUAAAACCUGCUCAAACUUGUAAACUGAAAAAUAUCUCAUAAGAAGUCUCUGAACUUUUGCCUCCGGGGUUCGUAUGACUUUUCUAGCAGGAAACAAACAAAGCUUCUCUUCUGGAGUUCAGUUUUCAGAUAUUUUUAUUUCAUUAUUAUUGCAAUCAAAGUGACAGCGGUGGGUUCGUGUUCUCUGCCGUCUGUUUGGCAUCUAUGAAUGAACUGAUGGUCAGCAGGUUAAGAGAAACUCACACUGAGACUCCGAUUCACAGAAACCGAUAAAAGGUCGAAGCCGGGAUUUGCUUACGGAUGGUUUCUGUUAUCUUGCAGUAAGUUUUAUCUUUAUUCUCUCUAAUAAGAACAGUCGGUGUGUUGUUUCAGUCCAGUUAGAACUCAGUUUAUAGAAACAAUCUGCAAUACAGAAACACAGAUGAGGCGUUUGUUGAUUUUAAAAGGCUGAUCUUUGACGUUUGGAUGUUUUUUGGACUUUAGCUGCUGUUAAAACCUGCAGUUCUUCAAUGAAACACUCAAGUAUUUAGAGUUCAAGGCACCACAAACUAACCUGCGGGUUUGAACAGCAACACCUGGACAAACAGCUUUCUAAACAAUCAUCACACCACCUUUCUGUCUCUUUUUCUGUGGUUCUUUGUGGAACUAUUCUGCGUUUUCUUCUUCAGGUUGUAAAAGACGGCGUUUUGCUGAUUUCAGACCAGUUACAAGGUUAAAGAUCUUCUCGUUUUUGCAUUAAAAUUCUGUUUGGCUUAUCUGUUGACUAAGCAAUCAGCACUGAAUAAAGAUGCAAAUUUUCAGUAGUUUCCUGAACCGAUAGUUGGAAUCAGAAAUUUUGAAAUUGAAAAGUUGAAAUUUGUUUUAAUCUCACAAACACCAUAUGUCGAAAUGAUGGAACAAGACUUUCUUAAUAAAUUUAAGGGAGAAGGUGACAUAACCACUAAACGCCAUAGGUUGAGGACAUUGUAAACCGAAGACCCGCCACAUUUAACCUCAACUGAGGCAGUAAGUCCUGGAAUAUUGUCCACUUACAGCGCCUGUCUGUCGGAAGAUCAUUUAGGAUGACGUCAGCUAACAGCUGUAAAAGAAAUACCUUAGAGAGGGGAAGGAGUCAUUUUUCCUUCACAGUACUACAGAGGAUCUGAAACAUUUUCUGACAUGCAUGUCUUCUGCUUUAUCGGGUAAUAUGUUUUUAAUCAUUUAAAUUAUUGACGGCAAUUAUUGGAACAAUAAUGACUAAAAUCCUAAUUUUUGAAGGAUUUUAUAAAGAAAACAGCAGGUGGUCUAAUAAUUAGUACUAAAGGACCAUUUAUCAUCAAGUGUCAUGUUUUGUGUUUUCUGUAUCUGCUGGUUGUUUCUUUAAACUUUUUGUUGUAGCUGGAUCAACACACCAGAUGAAACAAACAGCGAGUCAAAGUAAAUCUAAACUUUCGGUUUGACCCUCGCAGGUUUCCGUAUUCAUCAGAGUCUCGGUGUGAACAUAAUGGUAAACUGAAUUAAAGCUACAUUAACUGAACGCACAUCUCACACGUCUGGUUUGGACGGCGCUCGGCUCUAAAUCUAAACACAUUUACGGUGGAAUCACAAGCAGCUGAUUGAAAUCUGCAGAGAACAAACUCCACGUUUUCCACACUGCAGGGAAUCUUAUGAGCACAACUUUGGAUUUAAAGGCACAACAAAGUGAAGUGUGAAGAAGCAAAUGCGUUUACAACAGCUUUCAAACCCUCUCAGCCAGAUGUUGAAUCCAGCUCGGAGCCGCCGCUCUGUCAUUCAGAGCCCGAACUCCGUUUUACGGGACGUCAGAGCCCCUUGUGAACGAGAUAAUUACCUCAUUUACUGGCAGGAAGUUUUCUUGAACGAAGCUGCAAAGUGUUAAAACUGAGCAGCGAAUGAUGACGUUCAAAACAAGCAGCAGAUGUUUUAUAUUAAGCCGAAGCUUCUGCCAGCUCAGCAGUUGGAUUUAAGAGAUCAAGGCUGUGUUCAAAACCACCGAUUACAAACUAUCGACUAAAGCAGACAGCGUGUAAUGCUACUGUGUGCCACUGUAGUAUGCAGUACUCUUAUAUUGUCUUAUUUUGCAGUAUUUUUCAGUAUACAACCAUUAAAUCAUCUUAUUUUGCAGCCUUUUAUGGCAGAUUUAGCUCGUUUCUGUUUUUUGUCGCAUCUAAUGAUUGUUGAAAAGUCCAGGAGAAGUUCAAAAUGUGGAUGACAAAAGACUGGAAAUAGGAUCAGAUUCUCAGGAGUUUUGUUGCAUAACUUCACAGUUAUACAUUGUGAGUUUAAGGUAGUUCUCCUGGUAUUUCUGCAUUGAAACAUAACAUCAAUCUGGGUGCUUUUUAAUCAGAGUUGCUGGCUGACACUAGAAGCACGAGUCACAAUGAUAAAGUUAUCUUUAAAAGUAACAUUUAAUUAUACCGCUGCCUAUUAUAAAACCAUAAAACUCAAGCCAGCCAAGAACUCUACUGGUGGUAAAGGUAGUGUCUACAGAUACGGACCCGUACCCGCAGCCUGUGGCCUACGGAUACGGCACUUUCCCUUAUCAUAAAUAUUAAUGAGACGGACAUGAAUAUUAAUGAGCCGGCUGAUGAACGCGCUUUGUGAUUGGCUGGUAAUCCGACGUACAUAAAUAUUAAUGAGCCGUCUUGGUAAUCCGAGUGAUGAAGGCGUCGUGAUUCGAGGUGAAUCUGCGUGCCGAGCCUGUCAUGUCAGUCAUCUGCUGUUCUCUUUUCUAUCAUGCAUAAUGUCUUAUAAAUAUCAUUAUCUGACUUUUCACGGACAGCGAUUUGGGGGUUGAAAUCAGCACUACUAUUAAAAAUAGCAAAACUUUUUAUUCACGUGACCCUGUUCUAAUAAAGCACAAACAGCAAACAAAACAAAUGGCGGAACUAACAGCCAGCAAACUACAAGUAUUUUUUUUACCUUCAAAAGUAGCGACAGACUAUUACAUAAUAACAACCUAAACAAAACCCUGACGUAUUUUCUACGUCUGUCAACACAGACACUGCACGUCAGUCACUUUAAUGUUAGCGGACUCUGUUGAAUGGCUAAGUUACAUCACCACAAACAAAUCUCACAAUAUCACAGUAAAUCGAGUUUGUGGUUUUUUUUUAAUUCAUGCCGAAUUAAAGAGCUCCUCCUCACCAUUCACGAGUGUUUGUUUCAUAUUCGACAUCCUUAACUUUAUCUUGUAAAUUAGCGUCCGAAAUUAAAUGGGAACAUUUGCAAUGGAGUUCGUCAGCCGCUUCCACCACUGAACGCGGUAAACUACUUAAUAGGAACUGGACUUCAAACAAUUUAUACACGGCGUCUAAAAGCGUAAAAACUGCAAUGUCUAAAGUGUGAGAGGAGACGGUGUAUUUUUGGUUAAAUUAUACAAUGUUCGCCGUCAAAGUCAUUCAUAUAAACUGCCUGUAAUGUGCAGCAAAUAGUAGUUAACUGGCGCCAGCUCUUGAGUGACCUUAACGGGUCCGUACCUCUAGUACAGAUGCUAUGGGUGCGGGUCCGUACCCGUAGCAUCAACCGGUGGUAAAAGUCCAUAAAGUGUGACACGUCAGCCAGCAAAGUUGUUAUGAAGUGUUGAGGGACACAGUGAACGAGGUAAACUGGUCCAGAACAUACUGGAGACGUUUCUAGAAUCAGUUUAACAUCCAGGUAUUUUUACAGACUGCAGAUUUUUUGUUCUAUGUUUUGGUCCUGUAGCUGUAAUUGGUGGUUUUGAACGCAGCCCACCUGACAGAGCAGCAGCCUCCGGAUGAUAUUACAGCAUUUAUGAUCUUUUCUAGCUCCUCGGUGUGCUUCAAACAAACGGCUCUUUGUGUUUGAAACCCCUUCCCCCCAACAGUGCAGCAACUUCUUUCACUUUAACAGCUGAGUGAAGCGCUGAACGUGAGCAGAGGUUUAUUGCACAACUUGAGGUUUGUUUGAAGCAGACCGAGUUGGUUUCAGGGCGGUUUCACACCGACACAUCUGUCAGGUUCUGGAGACCAAACAUUCAGUCAUGUCAACACUUACACUGAUCCAGUACCUGAAUCAAGCAGAGGAAUCCAGCAUGAAGCAAGUUCAGCAUAUCUGGGUUUUCUCUGGACAAAUUUCUUUGAACAAAGAAAACCUAAAAUCUCAGAUAAAGAACUGGUGGAAGACAGACGAUUUAAAUUUACAACUCUGAACAGAAUCUCAGUUACCAUGGUAAUCCAGCUGAUUAAUUAAAGGCACCUUUAUGACACUGAAAACUGAGCUGCUAAUGUGUUAAUCUUGCUCCGUAUCGCAGCCCUCAGGAGACCUCAGCCAGCAUCUUCAGUCAAAUAUGUUGGAAUCCAAGUGGAAAACUGCACAUCUGUGGCGUUUUCAUAAAGAAAAUGGUUGAGUUCAGAAACCUACAAGCAGAACUGCGAGGUUAAAGCGGUAACACAAGAUUUUACCAAGUAUACACCUGAAAAACUGCAGUUCUAAGGAUGUUGUUCAUGUGGAUGAAUAAAUAUCACAUCCACUAGAGGGCAGAUCAGAGAUUAAGUAAAAUGUUAAAUUCCACAAUUGAAAGUAAAAUUUCCACAUAUUUUCCUUGUAAAAUUUGCACCAUGCAAACAUCAGCUGGGCUUGCGCUAGCCGAUCUCCACAGCGCCAUUGGCGCAUCGCCCCGCCAGAUGGCACAGUCAAAAAGCAACAAAAAAGGGUUCGACUUAAUUUUUCUUCGAAACGCCCUAGCAAUAAUAUAAGAAAAACAAACUUUUUCCUCUCGGCCGGUGUCGGAAAUGGUCGGAGCCACCCGAAUCUUGAUCACCAUCCAGCAAAACGAUGCGCCAAUGGCGCCAUGGUGCAUCGGCUAGCACAAGCCCAGAUCAUGAUUUAUUGUGGUAACGAGAACGACAAGAAAAAUCUUAAUUGCCGUCCUUGCAAACUUUUAAAAAUGAAUGUCUUGAAAUCUUUACAAAGUAACUAGUUGAAUGUUAAUUAUGCCCACGUCGAUUAUAUUAAACAUCCAUGUGCAGCACAAAAUUCAUGAAAGUUCCUUUUAUGUUCUUUCUCUAACGUUCCUGCUCUGUUCAGUCUACUGGUUUUGGGUUUAAGGCUACAAGGUUAGCAGUAGCUUUCAUGAGGCAGGAUGUGUUUUUUCGAACACUUGCAGGUUUAAGAUUUCACCGUGGACUUACGGAAGCAGCAUCAUGUUGAAGUUUGUGACAUCAACAAUACAAAAUGAUCCAAUCUUCUUGUGGGGAAUCGUCACCGGUGUCCAGAGAAGGCCAGCAGCAACCAUCCGGAGAACAAACAGCAGUCUAACAGUAGGAACGCUGUAGUUUCUGCUCGCUGUAGUCUUCCCCCGUCGAAUCACCACCUUAUCGCGGUGGAGGGGUUUGAGUGUCUCGGUGAUUCUGGGAGCUAUGUUGUCCGGGGCAUAAACCCCUGGUAGGAUCUCCUAAGGCAAACUGGUCCUGGGGGAGAGACCAGACUAAGAGCGAUUCAGAAAACCCUGAUGAGAACACAAAAUGGUGAAGCCGCUACCUCGCCCAGGUUAGGGAGACCGAGGCCUUCCCCUGGAGCCAGGCCUGGGGGCGAACCUCGCAGGAGAGUGUCUGGUGGCCGAGCCUUGGGGUCCCGUGGGGCUCGGUCGGGCACAGCCCGAAGAAGAAACAUGGGGCCACCGCCCAAUAGACCCACCACUUACAGGGCAGGAAGUCUGGGUCGGGUGCUAUGCUUACCAGGCAGUAGGCAGGAGUGGGCACCUGGGCGUGCCACCCCCUGGUGGUGUAGACUAGCUCUGGGGACGUGGAACAUCAUCUCACUGGCGGGGAAGGAACCUGAGCUGGUGCGGGAGGUGGAGCGAUACCAGAUAGAUAUAGUUGGGCUCACCUCCACGCACAGCAAGGGUUCUGGAACCAGAAUUCUGGAGAGGGGUUGGACUCUCUCCUACUCCGGAGUUGCCCAAAGUGAGAGGCCCCGGGCGGGUGUGGGGAUACUCACAAGCCCCCGGCUGAGCGCUGCUUUGUUGGAGUUCUCCCCGGAGAAUGAGAGGGUCGCCUCUCUGCGACUUCGUGUUGCAGAGGGAAAAACUCUGACUGUUGUCUGUGCUUAUGCGCCGAAAAGCAGUUCAGAGUAUUCGGCCUUCUUGGAAUCUCUGGGUGGUGUCCUGGAAGGGGUACCGCCCGGGGAUUCCAUAGUUCUCCUGGGAGACUUCAACACUCACUUGGGCAACGAUGGAGAAACCUGGAGGGGGUGAUUGGGAGGAACGGCCUGCCCGAUUUGAACCCGAGUGGUGUUUUGUUAUUGGACUUCUGUGCUAGUCAUAGAUGGUCUGUAACAAACACCAUGUUCGAGCAUAAGGUUGCUCAUAAGUGUACCUGGUACCAGAGCACCUCAAGCCAAAGGUUGAUGGUCGACUUUAUAGUCGUAUCGUCAGACCUGCGGCCGUAUGUUUUGGACACUCGCGUGAAGAGAGGUGCAGAGCUGUCAACUGAUCACCACCUGGUGGUGAGUUGGAUCCGAUGGCAGGGAAGACUGUCAGACAGACCUGGUAAACCCAAACAUGUAGUGCAGGUGAACUGGGAACGUCUGGCGGAGGACCCUGUCCGUAGGGUUUUUAACUCCCACCUCCGGAAGAGUUUCUCCUGCAUCCCGGGGGGAAGUUGGGGACAUGGAUUCUGAGUGGUCCAUGUUCAAAGCCUCCAUUGCAGAAGCAGCUGCUAGGAGCUGUGGUCUGAAGGUCACUGGUGCCUGUCGCGGCGGCAAUCCAAAGACCUGCUAGUGGACACCAGCAGUGAGGGAGGCCAUCAGGCUGAAAAAGGAGGCUUUUCGAGCCUGGUUGGCUUGGGGGUCUCCCGAAGCAGCUGACAGGUACCGGCUGGCCAAAAGGGCGGCAGCUGUGGCAGUUGUGGAAGCUAAAACUCGGGUGUGGGAGGAGUUCGGGGAGGCCAUGGAGAAGGACUUUCGGUCGGCCUCGGGGAAGUUCUGGCAAACCGUUCAACGCCUCAGGAAGGGGAGACAGGGCUUCGCUCAGGCUGUGUACAGUCGGGGUGGAGAACUGUUGACCCGCACUGGGGAUAUCGUCAAGCGGUGGAAAGAGCACUUCGAGGAACUCCUGAACCCGGUAAACAUGUCCUCUACGGAGGAGGCAGAGCCUGAAGACUUGGGGGGGGGGGGGAUCUUCGUCUAUAUCCGUGGCAGAGGUCGCCGAGGCAGUUAAGAAGCUCCUCGGUGGCAAGGCGCCAGGUGUGGAGGAGAUUCGCCCUGAGAUGCUGAAAGCUCUGGAAAUUGUUGGACUGUCUUGGUUGACACGUCUAUACAAAGUCACGUGGGCAUCGGGCACAGUACUUGUGAAGUGGCAGACUGGGGUGGUGGUCCCUAUUUUCAAAAAGGGGGACCGGAGAGUGUGUGCCAACUACCGGGGUAUCACACCUCAGCCUCCCCGGGAAAGUUUACUCGAGGGUGCUGGAAGGGAGGCUCCGACCGAUAGGAUUAUGGAUACAUAAUACAUGCACGAUGCAGCGCCGACGUUCGUCCGUGUUCUGCGCUCCGGUCGGAAGGGAAUUUCUGUUGCAUUGCACGCUCACUUCCGCUUUUGAUGACGUAUCGUGCUCAGAUGACUCGUCAACACGUCGUUAGGUGCAGCCCUAUUUCCGAUCGCACCUUUUAUGCAUAAAUACAUAAAUAAAAGCAAAUGUGCAAGGUGUGAUCAUGAGACCGUGCCUAUAAAAAGCAAAAACUGUACCUAAUUUGAAUUUAAUUUUCAUCCCAGGUGAACUAAGUCUCAUGGAACAGUGACACAGGGAGACAAAUCUGGUGAGUAAGACAGAAGGAGAGCGACGAUUUUGUUGUUGUGGCCAAAAAACCUGCUGGUUUUCACUGAGCUGAGAAACACUGGAGUUCCAGCAUGUCAAGUGUUUUGCUAAAAAUGUUCUCCAUCAGACAUCCAAGGACUCCACAGUUGAGCUCUGCGUUGACAAUCCACUCUCAGGGACAAAUUCAUGGUAACAACCACAUAAAUGUUUAAGAAAACUGUUGGACUGCUGUUUCUUCUCUUGUUGGGAGCUGCAAACCUCCUCUGGUCACCAUGAUGAUCCUCCACAUGAAGGUCUAAUCAUCCAGCUGCUGACUCACUAAAUGUGAUGUUUGCCCUGUGAAAGGUUGGAAAUUACUCAUGCUCAGCUAGCAGUGGUCACAAACGCAUGAGCAAGUUCUGAUGUUGAUAUAACGUCAUGACUACUCACAUGUUGCACAACAGCUGAUUAUUCAUCAUGUUAGCUCUCAAGAUCAACAGUAGAUUUCAGGUUUUUGACUCAAACAAACUCGGUGUGAAAACACCCUGAAACUCCUCUCAGAGUAAACGAAGCUACUAACAUUCAGAUGACUGUGAUUGACAAUCAGCAACAGUUUUUGUACAUUCACAGUACAGGCUUACCACGACCCAGCUGCCACCCGCUGGACUCUUCAGUCUCUCCCCGUUGAAAUGGUUAUUUUUGGUUGGAGUGUGGGUAAAAUUGCACUACAUCUUCCACUCAUUCUGUUCACUGCACACACCGGUGAUGUUACUGAUUGUAUGAUUUUGUUAAGUUUUGUUAAAUAAAUCUUGAGUUGAAGUCGUG